AUGAAGAUGGAAAUCAAAGAGGAUGUUGAAGGUGGUAAGCACAAAAUAAUAACAGAACCAUUGUUAGGAGAAAACAACAACCAACUUCAUCAUGGAACCAAAGAUCAUAAUCAUCCAUGGAUGGUUUACUUCACCACAUUCAUUGCUGUUUGUGGUUCUUAUGAGUUUGGUGCUUGUGCUGGAUAUUCAUCUCCAACUCAAGAUGCUAUCAGGAAGGAUCUUAGUCUGUCUUUGGCAGAGUACUCCUUGUUUGGCUCCAUUUUGACUUUCGGUGCGAUGAUUGGCGCAAUAACAAGUGGACCAAUUGCUGAUUUCGUUGGUCGAAAGGGGGCAAUGAGAGUAUCAAGUGCUUUCUGCAUUGCUGGAUGGCUUGUUAUUUAUUUCUCUAAGGGUCCAAUUCCUUUGGAUGUUGGGAGACUAGCAACAGGAUAUGGAAUGGGAGUCUUUUCAUUUGUGGUUCCUGUCUUCGUAGCAGAAAUUGCGCCAAAAGAACUUCGAGGAGCCCUCACUACCUUAAAUCAAUUUAUGAUUGUUACUGCUGUAUCUGUCUCAUUCAUAAUUGGAACAGUACUUUCGUGGAGAGCUUUAGCGAUAAUUGGCCUGAUUCCUACCGCUGUGUUGCUUUUGGGUCUGUUCUUCAUUCCAGAGUCUCCUAGAUGGCUUGCAAAGAGAGGACGCGCAAAAGAUUUUGUGGCAGCAUUGCAAAUACUUCGCGGUAAAGAUGCUGAUAUAUCUCAAGAAGCCGCCGAAAUUCAGGAUUAUAUAACUAGUUUAGAACUUCUUGCGAAACCGAAGAUGCUGGAUUUGUUUCAAAGAAGAUAUCUGCGCUCGCUUACAAUUGGAAUAGGACUUAUGGUUUGCCAGCAAUUUGGGGGAAUUAAUGGAGUUUGCUUUUAUACUAGUAGUAUUUUUGAUCUAGCAGGAUUUCCUUCUGCAACCGGGAGUAUAAUUUAUGCGAUUCUUCAGAUUAUAAUAACAGGUGCUGGAGCAGCCCUCAUAGAUAAAGCUGGAAGGAAGCCCCUACUUUUGGCGUCUGGAUCGGGAUUGGUUGCAGGAUGUUUAUUUACAGCAGUUGCAUUCUAUCUUAAGGUUCAUAAUGUGGGCUUAGGGGCAGUCCCAGCACUUGCUGUAACCGGCAUACUCGUCUACAUAGGAUCUUUCUCAAUAGGAAUGGGAGCAGUUCCAUGGGUUGUGAUGUCCGAGAUAUUUCCUGUGAAUAUUAAAGGACAGGCAGGAAGCAUAGCCACAUUGGUGAACUGGUUUGGUGCAUGGUUAUGCUCCUAUACUUUCAACUUUCUCAUGAGUUGGAGCUCCUAUGGUACCUUCAUUCUAUAUGCUGCAAUCAAUGCACUAGCUAUAUUGUUUAUAGUUGUAGCAGUUCCAGAAACCAAAGGUAAAAGCCUUGAACAAUUACAGGCAGCCAUCAACGCGUAA